AUGGCCACUACAUCAUGUACCGGUACCAGCAAAGACAACAACCGCCAUCACCAUCGCCAUCACAAUCGCCUUCUUAACUGCAGUCGACCCCCGCCAGCCUGGGUCAUCCCCUGUCGCCCUCCAUUGCUGCAGAGUGUCGAGUCUAUCCAGGGCCAGUCUCGUCCAGUAACAAGGCACCAAAGACACACCAAUCCCCGUCCAAAGUCGCGCCUAGGCUGCAGGCAGUACCAGUACAGAACCACUACACAGGCGCCCCUCGCGAUAGACAACUCGUUCAGUCCCUGGUCUCUGCUGCAGGUCCGCUGGUGCUGGCCUCCAAUCGCGUCAGAGGCAGCCAAACAAAUCGAUACACACAACACAACAACACCCACCCAUCAUCCACCAUCGCAGUCACUGUCACUGACUGUCACAACCCUUCUCGACAUAAACCCCCGACCCUCCACGCCUCGCACAACUGCAACUCCCAUCUCGCUUUUCUGCCAGUCCCACGAUCUCGUCCCUUUACGGAAAACCUCUGUCUCCCCCGCUCUCGCUCUAUGCCCAAGCCGGCCGGCAUUCCAGGCCCGAUCCCCAAAGUCCGUGCCUGUGCCUUUGCGCUCUCAGCAUGCUGCCCACCAUAGCGUCUCUGCCGCAAUAACGAUGGCAGAACUUGGUACCCGUAUAGGUCCAGAUCCGGGUUCAGAUCCAAGCCCACCGCAUCCAGACCCAGACCCAGACCCGAACACCACCACAGAGGCCGACGCCGACGCCGACAUCGACAUCGACAUCGACAUCGACACCGACACCGCCACUUUAACCUCUACCUCUACCUUUGCUGACACCGCCCAAAACAACAUCCACGACGCCGAUGACGCCCGAACUCGCGACGCCGACACAAUGGCUGACUUCGUCCAAACUCCUGCCCCCCACCCGGACGAGGGCCCCAAAAUGCGAUGCUGCUGCGGCCGCGACGAUUGUGCCUAUUUGAAGCACAGUUGCUUCGUUCUCGAAACCGUUGAAAAGGAUGUCCAUACCGCCGCCAAGUUGGGCAAGGCUCUUCUUGCUCGCCACGAGGCAUAUAUGGCCGAUGCCGAACGAGACCGCAUGUCAUUGAACACCCGCAUAGAGCAGCUCGAGAACGAAAAGGAGGAACUGCAAGCCGAGAACGCGAGGACCGUCGAAGAGAACCGUUCCCUGCUGGACCAGCUCGAAAUGCUCAACAACACGGUCCAGGACUCCGACAUCCGCAUCCAGACCCUCGAGGCCACUCUGCUGUCGUCGCACCAGGCAGUUCGCCGCCUCGAGGGUGCAGCCGCCCGUGCCGCGGAGAUGGAACGGCACAUUGCUCUCCUCGAACAGGAACAACUACGCCUGCAGAACACUCUCAUCACCACCGAGUCCGAAGCCCGCUCAGCAAUGCAGCGAUGGAGGAAGGCCGAGAGGGGCAUUUCCGACCUUCAGGAGCAGUUGGAGCGCAUGGAGCGCGAGGCCAACGAGGAACGUGAACGCCAUGUCGAGGUCCUCGGUCGCAUGGAUCGCCAGCGUGAGAUGGAAAAGGAGCUCAACGCCGCCGCUGGACGUCUUAAGGGGGCCGCCGCGGCCAAGUCGCUCACGACCGGGAAACCUGCCGGCAGCGUCGUAUCUCACUUCGUCCGCGAUCUCCUGCAGGACAAUGCGAACCUGCAGCUGGGCAUGGCCGAGUUGCGAGAAAUGCUCUUGAACUCAAACGACGAGAUCCAAGCUAUGCGGGACCAGCUGAUGUGUCACCAGCCCAUCGGCGAACAAAACGCAAGCGCUACGUCCACACUGCGGGCCGAAAUCGGGCCAGACUUGGGCGAGAUGACCCAGAACAUCUCUCAGGAGCUCCAUAUCCACCACCAUUAUCACGUUGCGGAAAAGACCAAACCCAAGAAGAAGCGCCACAGUCUGAAUCCGGGCAUCUUCUCGCCUGCUAGCAUCUCGCGAUCCUCAACGCCGCCGGCCGUGUGGCGACCCGGCCCCUCGCCGAUUGCACCCCUGGCUUCCCACUCUCACAAGGGCUCGACGUCGACGGUGUCGGUACCGCCGUCUAAUAGAUGGUCCGUCUUUUCCGAGCAGCCUUCCGAGUUCGCACCUUCGUCCGUCCCCAGCUCGCCCCAGUCGAAUCCCCGCCUGUCCAUGUUCGACCGCCCUAUGCUCGAGACCGAUAUACCCAUGUCGCCGACGACGAGUUUGGACCCCGCGUCGCCUACCUGGAAGCUAUCCCACAGCAAACGCCCGUCGGAGGCAUCAACCCGGAGCUUCUCCGUGCCCUCCAAGCUUCUCAGUGUGGCUUCGCCUGCGCCGCCAGCAGCGCCCACUCUGCAUGUGUCGCAACAUAUUUCGGGCACGAUCGAGGAGGAAAGGGAGGAGAAUUGCUCGGAGGAAGUGCCAGGUCUUUUGACGCCCAACGACGACCAUCCAGAGACGGAGACGGAAACAGAGACGGACACGGAACUUUCCUACUCCAAAGACGAGGAAGUACCACAGAGACGUUUACAUCGCGCCGUUUCUCACGAGUCCAUCAUGUCCCUGUCAGGCGGGCUGGACAUCCACACUCUCAAAGUGAGGCCGAGUCAACUGACGCUUCGCCCGUUGGGUGGGGCCGACGCCGUGUUUACCGGCGUCACGGCACGGUCUACGAUAUCACGGGGCAGCGACAAGCGUAGCGACGCUUUGCUGCGGGAUAGUCUCGCAGGCCGACCCUUUUCGAGGAUGGUGUCCACCCCUCCACGAAGCGCAUCGCCAUCGAGCACAUAUUCUCGCCAUUCCCAAAACUCGGCCGGCCUAGGCAGAUGGGUCAGCUGGCGGCCAUGGACCGGAGGCUCAGCAGCAUCGGCAUCCCGGGCGACGACGUCAACAGUGGCACCGCCAACAACACCGACGCCAGCCAAGCGCAGCGGAAAGGACAAGGAGAAGGAGAAAGACCUUCUUCGAGCGCCGGGCAUCAACCAGCCCGGCGCUAUUCCCGGGUUCCAAGAAUACUUGGCGGCCCACCAACGCCGCGGUCCCCCGAGCAAGGUGUCGCCCGACGCAGUGGAUGUCGAAGCACUGCGCGAGGGUCUAGCGGAAUGAUUGGGAAGGGGGGGAAGAGUUACAUUUGCAUAUUUGGACAUGAGGGAUUGUUCCACAGCAUUUUCAAGGAGCAGAGGCGCUAGUUUUCUCCUUUGUUUUCUCGAUUUUAUUCCUUUUUCUUCUUUUGGGUAAACAAACACACGCGCGGCGUUGAGGCGCUUUAGGCAUAGUGGAGGAUUAGAGAGAGAGAGAGAGAGAGAGCUGGAGAUACCCUGCUGCUUUACGCCGCGCUUGCAUUCACUUUUGUCAUUCCGUUUCUUCCCUUUGUCAUACAAAAGCCGGCCGCCUAUGGUUAUCGAGGUAGGGCCGGCAGCACAGCAAGGCGUCCCAGAUCGUGGGUGCCACGACCAUUUACAAACAGCUAUAGCCAGCAUUCCAGAAUGAUGCAUUCUCCUAAAUAUAAUUUCUAUUGUUCCUCCAUGUUGAACAAACAUUGUGUCACUUGUCAAGUGCGUGGGUGGCUAGCGGAUAUUCUUCGUUUCUCUACAAGAGACGAAAAGUUUCCCUAAGCCGGCCCUUAAUAGUUUCGUGAUU